UUCACCUCUGCUCCUCCGUGUCCAUGCCCUAGUGGAGGAGUUCUGCAACGCAGCUCUGAGAUCAGUUUCCUGUAGAGUUUCCCUGUUUGAGGGACAGGAACUCCCUGCUCUACUUCUCUCCCCCGCCCAUGAUAAUAACACCGACCGAGGGAAGAUUCCUGUGGCCGACGGCAGAAAAAAUACAAAACUUCAGGACUUACUUCCAAGCUGCGGGAAGGAGUCAACAACCGGGAUAUAUGGCGCUUUAAUCCCGCUUCUAUCGCAUAAGUUUUCCUGCUAACCUUCCACUCCGGCAGUAUGACGUCCACAGUGACCUUAGAGGAUGCUCUCUCCAACGUGGAUCUGUUGGAGGAGCUGCCGCUUCCAGACCAGCAGCCAUGCAUUGAGCCUCUCCCCUCCUCAGUUAUGUACCAGCCCAAUUUCAACACCAACUUUGAGGAUCGAAAUGCCUUUGUCACUGGUAUUGCCAGAUACAUCGAGCAAGCCACUGUCCACUCCAGCAUGAAUGAGAUGUUGGAAGAGGGUCAGGAGUAUGCCAUCAUGCUCUACACCUGGAGGAGCUGCUCUCGUGCAAUUCCACAGGUGAAAUGCAAUGAGCAGCCUAACAGAGUGGAGAUCUAUGAGAAGACAGUGGAGGUCCUGGAGCCAGAAGUCACCAAGUUGAUGAACUUCAUGUACUUCCAGCGCACUGCUAUCGACCGUUUCUGUGGUGAGGUUCGCCGUCUGUGCCACACUGAGCGCAGGAAAGACUUUGUCUCUGAGGCAUACUUACUCACUCUUGGGAAGUUUAUCAACAUGUUUGCUGUGCUCGAUGAGCUGAAGAACAUGAAAUGCAGCGUCAAGAAUGACCACUCUGCUUAUAAACGAGCUGCUCAGUUCCUCAGAAAAAUGUCUGAGCCCUCAUCCAUUCAAGAGUCUCAGAACUUGUCCAUGUUCCUGGCAAACCACAACAAAAUCACCCAGUCUUUGCAGCAACAGCUUGAAGUCAUUAAUGGAUACGAAGAGCUGCUGGCAGACAUCGUCAACCUGUGUGUUGAUUAUUAUGAGAACAAGAUGUACCUCACCCCCAGUGAGAAACACAUGCUGCUCAAAGUAAUGGGAUUUGGCUUGUACCUCAUGGAUGGAAACAGCAGUAACAUCUACAAACUAGAUGCCAAGAAGCGAAUUAACCUCACCAAGAUUGACAAGUUUUUCAAGCAACUCCAGGUGGUUCCUCUGUUUGGGGACAUGCAGAUUGAAUUGUCUCGGUACAUCAAGACCAGCGCUCACUUUGAAGAGAACAAAUCCAGGUGGACUUGCACAUCUAUAUCCAGCAGCCCACAGUACAACAUCUGUGAGCAGAUGAUUCAGAUUCGCGAGGAUCACAUGCGGUUCAUUUCUGAGCUGGCUCGCUAUAGCAACAGCGAGGUGGUGACAGGAUCAGGCCGCCAGGAGUCCCAUAAGACAGAUGCCGAGUACAGGAAGCUGUUUGACUUGGCUCUGCAGGGCAUGCAGCUGCUCUCCCAGUGGAGUGCUCAUGUCAUGGAAGUGUAUUCCUGGAAGCUGGUUCAUCCGACAGAUAAAUACUCCAACAAAGAGUGCCCUGACAAUGCUGAGGAGUAUGAAAGAGCCACCAGAUACAACUACACAAGUGAAGAGAAGUUUGCCCUCGUUGAGGUGAUUGCAAUGAUAAAAGGACUUCAGGUGCUGAUGGGACGCAUGGAGAGUGUGUUUAAUCAUGCCAUCCGUCACACCAUCUACUCAGCUUUGCAGGACUUUGCUCAAGUCACUCUACGUGACCCACUGCGCCAGGCUAUUAAGAAGAAGAAAAAUGUCAUCCAGAGUGUCCUCCAGGCCAUUCGAAAGACAGUCUGUGACUGGGAGACCGGUCGGGAGCCACACAAUGAUCCUGCCCUGCGUGGAGAAAAAGACCCCAAGGGUGGAUUCGAUAUCAAGGUUCCUCGACGUGCCGUGGGGCCCUCCAGUACUCAGCUCUACAUGGUAAGGACGAUGCUGGAAUCCCUCGUUGCCGAUAAAAGUGGCUCCAAGAAGACUCUGCGCAGCAGUCUGGAGGGUCCCACCAUUCUGGACAUUGAGAAGUUUCACCGCGAGUCUUUCUUUUACACCCACCUGCUUAACUUCAGUGAGACCCUGCAGCAGUGUUGUGACCUGUCCCAGCUGUGGUUCAGGGAGUUCUUUCUGGAGCUCACCAUGGGACGCAGGAUUCAGUUUCCCAUUGAAAUGUCCAUGCCUUGGAUCCUCACAGACCACAUCCUGGAGACCAAGGAGGCUUCUAUGAUGGAAUAUGUGCUGUACCCUUUGGAUUUGUACAAUGACAGCGCACACUAUGCUCUGACGAAAUUCAAGAAACAGUUCCUCUAUGAUGAAAUAGAGGCUGAGGUGAAUCUGUGCUUUGAUCAGUUUGUCUACAAGUUGGCAGAUCAGAUAUUUGCCUACUAUAAGAUUCUAGCAGGAAGCCUUCUGCUUGACAAACGUUUAAGAACUGACUGUAAAAACCAGGGGGCAAACAUUCCCUGGCCUGCCUCCAACCGCUACGAGACUCUGCUGAAACAGCGCCACGUUCAGCUCUUAGGUCGCUCCAUUGACCUGAACAGGCUCAUUACUCAGAGAGUGUCAGCUGCGCUCCACAAGUCUCUGGAGCUGGCAAUCAACCGCUUUGAGAGUGAGGACCUCACUUCUAUCAUGGAACUAGAAGGCUUGCUGGAGAUCAACCGCAUGACACACAAACUCCUCAGUAAGUUCUUAACUCUGGACAGUUUCGAUGCCAUGUUCCGGGAAGCCAACCACAAUGUGUCUGCUCCCUAUGGCCGGAUAACACUGCACGUCUUCUGGGAGCUCAACUAUGACUUCUUGCCCAACUACUGCUACAACGGCUCCACCAACAGGUUUGUGCGCACCAUCCUGCCCUUUUCCCAGGAAUUUCAGAGGGACAAACCACCCAAUGCUCAGCCCCACUAUUUAUAUGGGUCGAAGACCCUGAACCUGGCGUACAGCAGCAUAUUCAGCUCCUACAGGAACUUCCUGGGUCCCCCGCACAUCAAGGUGAUGUGCAGACUGCUGGGCUACCAGGGCAUCGCUGUGGUGAUGGAGGAACUGCUAAAAGUGGUCAAAAGCCUGCUCCAAGGAACCAUAAUGCAGUAUGUGAAAACUCUGAUGGAAGUGAUGCCCAAAAUCUGCAGACUUCCCCGCCAUGAGUAUGGCUCUCCAGGUAUUCUGGAAUUCUUUCACCAUCAGCUGAAAGACAUUGUUGAGUAUGCUGAACUCAAGACCGUGUGUUUCCAGAACCUGCGUGAAGUGGGCAACGCUCUCCUGUUCUGCCUGCUGAGUGAACAGAGUCUGUCGCAGGAAGAAGUCUGCGACUUGCUGCAUGCUGCACCUUUUCAAAACAUUCUUCCCAGAGUCCAUGUCAAAGAGGGAGAACGCCUUGAUGCCAAGAUGAAGCGCUUGGAGGCCAAAUAUACAGCUCUGCAUAUGGUUCCACUGAUUGAACGCCUCGGCACCCCGCAGCAAAUCGCAAUUGCUCGUGAGGGUGACCUGCUGACCAAAGAGAGGCUGUGCUGUGGCCUUUCCAUGUUCGAGGUCAUCCUCACACGUGUGCGAGGCUUCUUGGAGGAUCCCAUUUGGCGUGGGCCAUUGCCCAGCAACGGCGUGAUGCAUGUGGACGAGUGCGUGGAGUUCCACCGGCUCUGGAGUGCCAUGCAGUUUGUGUACUGUAUUCCUGUGGGAGCACAUGAAUUCACAGUGGAGCAGUGCUUUGGAGACGGCCUCCACUGGGCUGGCUGUAUGAUCAUCGCCCUCCUGGGUCAGCAGAGACGCUUCGACAUUCUGGACUUCAGCUACCACCUUCUUAAGGUUCAGAAACACGAUGGCAAGGAUGAGAUUAUCAAGAGUGUGCCACUGAAGAAGAUGGUGGACAGAAUCCGCAAAUUCCAGGUCCUAAACAAUGAGAUCUUUGCCAUCCUGAACAAGUACAUGAAGUCUGGAGACGGAGAGAACAUGCCAGUGGAACACGUCCGAUGCUUCCAACCUCCGAUACAUCAGUCACUUGCCAGCAGCUGAGUUCCCACUGUGGAUCCUGUGGACCAGCGUCGACUUCCAAACACUGUCAGCAUUACCAGACUAUCAGAAAUAUUCCUUCUCAUUUAAUCUAGGUCUUAGAAGCAGAGGACCAUUAAAUGUCAGGAAGUUGGGCCACAUUUUUUAUUGUCAAAAUUGAUAAUUUUUUUUUUGUAUUCACUUGUGCCUUAUCAGAAAUUAGAUAUUUCACUUUUUUGGUAAACUAUUCUGUUUUAUACUUGCAGAAAGCUAGAGAUUGGGAAGGGGAACUAGUUUUAUCAAUAAAUAUUUAAGGGCUUGCAGUGGUGAAAUAAUGGGUGAACAGUAACGUAUUUUAAGUGGGGGUGAAGUUAAAUUUGUGUUUUCAAUAUUAUUGAGCAUGCAUGCUAAACUUUUUAAAGAAAAUCAAACAGUAACAAAGCUCAUACUCAUGUUAAGCAUUUAUUCACUGUGCCUUGUGUUUCAAAUGUUUUAAUCAUUUUAAUUCAAUAAAUAUGUAACAAAUC